AUGUUUAUAUAGUUUUAAGAGUAUCCAACUUUAUACUUUAAAAAGUUAGUAAUAAAUAAAACCAGGGUACAGGUGAUUUAAAAUUAGUUUUUAGGUUUAAAAAUCAUUUUAUUUUCAACAUUACGCUUUGUUUUGCUGUAAACAAUAUAGGCUCAGUAGCUGAAGGCUUCCUCUAAAUAUUAUUUAUAAAAAUCAUAUAAGAAUUAAGAGUCUAUUAAAAAUAUAAUGAUAAGAAUUAUAUUUUUAUAAAGUGGUUUUAAAGGAGUAAAUACUUUAGGAAGUGAGAAUAAUAUUUAAUUAUGA